GAAGCCCAUCGGGUCAACAAAAGACGGGAGAAGAAUGGGCCGGCAGUCUCCAACCCGAGCUCGUCUCCGACCCGCCCGGCUCUUCGCUAUACUUAUAUCGCUCAACAUGUUCAUGGCGAGUUGUGUCUCCGUCACCCGCUCUCUCCCCCUUCGCUCCUCCUCCAUCCGCUUCUCUCUUGCCCCCAAAUCCCAUCGCCCCAAAUCUUUCCCCUGUCCUCUCUGGUCCUCCUCCUUCUCCCUUUGCCUCCAUCGCCUCCCUAAAUCCACCACUUCCGCCGCCGCCUUCUUCUGCUCCGCCCCCCUCUCCCCCAUGGCGGCCGACGACGGUCUCGAUUCCAACCCCCUCCUGCAAGACUUCGUCUUCCCCCCCUUCGAUGCCGUCGAGGCGAAGCACGUCCGGCCGGGGAUCCGCGAGCUGUUGAGGAGACUCGAGAGCGAUUUGGUGGAGCUGGAGAGGACGGUGGAGCCGACGUGGCCGAAGCUGGUGGAGCCGCUGGAGAGGAUCGUUGAUCGGUUGCAGGUGGUCUGGGGGAUCGUGAACCAUCUCAAGGCUGUUAAGGAUUCGUCUGAGCUACGUUCCGCCGUCGAAGAAGUCCAGCCUGAAAAGGUCAAAUUCCAUCUAAGGUUGGGACAGAGUAAACCCAUUUAUGAGGCGUUCAAGGCUAUUCAGAAUUCUUCAUCAUGGGAAACCCUUGCCGAUGCCCGUAAGCGCAUAGUAGAAUUACAAAUUAAGGAAGCUGUUCUUAAUGGUGUUGCUCUCAAGGAUGAACAAAGAGAGAAGUUUAAUGAAGUCGAACAAGAACUUGAGAAAUUAUCGCAAAAAUUUAGCGAAAAUGUCUUGGAUGCCACCAAAAAAUUUGAAAAAUUGAUUACGGAUAAGAAGGAAAUUGAAGGGUUGCCUGCUACAGCGCUUGCUCUGGCAGCACAAACUGCAGCAUCAAAGGGCCAUGAAAAUGCUUCUGCUGAAAAUGGGCCUUGGAUGAUAACAUUAGACGUCCCAAGCUUUCAACCUGUUAUGCUACAUGCAAAGAACCGAUCUUUGCGGGAAGAAGUUUAUCGUGCUUUUGUUACUCGAGCCUCUAGCGGGGAUCUUGAUAACACUCCAAUUAUUGGUCAAAUUCUGAAGUUGAGGUUGGAGAAGGCAAAGCUUCUUGGCUAUAGUAACUAUGCUGAGGUAAGCAUGGCAAUGAAAAUGGCUACCAUUGAUCGGGCAGAAGAGCUUCUUGAAAAGCUACGUAGUGCUUCCUGGAAUCAUGCCAUUCAAGAUAUGGAAGAUAUUAAGACACUUGCUAGAGGCAAGGAUGCUGCAGAAGCUGAUGAACUGAAUCAUUGGGAUAUUAACUUCUGGAGUGAAAGGCUUCGAGAGUCUAAGUAUGAUAUCAAUGAGGAGGAGUUGCGCCCAUAUUUCUCACUGCCGAAGGUUAUGGAUGGCCUUUUUAAUCUUGCCAAUAAACUUUUUGACAUCAGCAUAGAACCAGCUGAUGGAUUGGCUCCGGUGUGGAAUAAUGAUGUCAGAUUUUACUGUGUAAAAGAUUCUUCAAACAAUCCAAUUGCCUACUUCUAUUUGGAUCCUUAUUCUAGGCCUUCUGAAAAGCGUGGUGGAGCUUGGAUGGAUGAGGUAGUGGCUCGUAGUCAUGUACUUGCACAUGAUGGGGCUCCUGUUAGGUUGCCUGUUGCCCACAUGGUGUGCAAUCAAACACCGCCAGUAGGUGACAAACCCAGCUUAAUGACAUUCCGUGAGGUUGAGACUGUGUUCCAUGAAUUUGGUCAUGCACUUCAGCAUAUGCUUACCAAACAAGAUGAAGGCCUAGUUGCUGGGAUUCGGGGUAUAGAAUGGGAUGCUGUUGAGUUACCUUCUCAGUUCAUGGAAAACUGGUGCUACCAGAGGGAUACUCUAAUGAGCAUUGCAAAACAUUAUGAAACUGGUGAAACCCUUCCAGAAGAAGUUUAUUUGAAGCUUCUUGCUGCAAAAACAUUCCGUGCUGGCUCUCUGAGUCUUCGUCAGAUAAGAUUUGCUAGCAUAGAUUUGGAACUGCAUACAAAGUAUAAUCCAGAUGGGCCUGAAUCUGUAUAUGAUAUUGAUAAAAGAGUUGCACAAAGAACACAAGUUAUCCCUUCUCUGCCAGAAGACAGAUUUCUUUGCAGUUUCAACCAUAUAUUUGCAGGUGGAUAUGCAGCUGGAUACUAUAGUUACAAGUGGGCAGAGGUGUUGUCAGCAGAUGCUUUCUCUGCAUUUGAGGAUGCUGGGUUGGACAGUGAUAUGGCUAUCAGGGAAACUGGUCACAGAUUUCGCCAAACCAUUCUUGCACUUGGAGGUGGAAAAUCGCCACUAGAGGUUUUUGUUGAAUUCCGAGGGCGCGAACCUUCACCAGAACCGUUGCUUAGACACAAUGGCUUACUACCGAUCACUGCCUCUGCUUAAUGAAUUCUUAGAUAAAACAUGCAUAUUUCAAACUACGUUAACAAUGAAGAUGAUGCAUGUCCUGUCAAAGCUAAAAACAGCCAUUCUUGGAAAAGGGGUGCUGUUUUUGGUACAAACUUUUGCCUGUCGAAAAAAGUUGGGAUCAAAAUAUAAUAUUCAUUGCAACUAAAAUAGCUAUUGCUCUA